AUGGCCUCAGAAAGCUCCGAUAACACUCCAUCGCACGUCCAUUCGGACUCGACAAACACUGUGUCGCAUGACACCGACUCAAUGGUCACCGUACCAUUGACUUCCAAUUCAGAAGACACACAACCCGACUGGCGGACACUGAAUAUUCCUCCCACACCGAUCGACAUAAUUACUCCGACAAGCGGGAACUCAAGCGACAAAGAGACUGACGCAAGAACCACACCGAUUCAAGACCCACAAACAUUCGAGUUACAGCCAGUUGCAUACCGCGAUGAUGCCAGCUCGACUCGGUCCCGCCGCAGUAGUGGGGAACAUGAUCGACAAGAUGCGGUGGAUUGGGAGGAAUUGGAGAAGACGGAAGAGCAGGAGCCCCGUUGUGAAGGAUCAGACGAGUCAACCGCUCUGCUUUUAGCACGUCUUGAACAGGAGAACAAUGCGCUGGCGACCAAUCCCAAAUCGGGUCUACCAAAGAAGACUCAUGCACAGCAAGUGUCGCAAAGACCGUCUCGAUCUCAGUCCCUGCAUCAGAUCAAGCGCCUGAUCGAUGAGGACCCCCGAUCGUCCCUCCGAUACUCGCAACUACCUCCUCCGCCUAUGACUGAGUUGGAAUUCUGGGCAGCCUUGGUUGCGGACUAUCCACAGACAGCCCAGCGCCUACCAACCUUGACCUCGAACAAGAUUAGAAGCGGUGUUCCUCCCCCGCUCCGCGGCGUCGUGUGGCCCAGCUUGGCUGGUGCUCGAGACUCGACCUUGUUAUCAGAAUAUCAGAGGCUCUGUGGCGAAACAAGUCCGUAUGAAGGGUUGAUCGGCAAGGAUAUAGGGCGUAGCUUCCCCAAUGUGGAGAUGUUUCGUGACCCUAAUGGUGAAGGACAGCAGAUGCUCGGUCGGGUUUUGAAAUGUUUCAGUCUCUACGACACGAAGAUCGGCUACUGCCAAGGACUAGGCUUUGUCGUUGGUCCCUUGCUUAUGCACAUGACGGAUGCAGAAGCAUUCUGCGUGCUUGUGCGGUUAAUGGAUCAUUAUGACUUGCGGACUUGCUACCUCCCAGACCUCUCGGGCCUUCAUCUUCGAGUGUAUCAGUUCCAGAACCUCUUGUCUCGGUUACGACCGGGAUUGUUUGCACACUUGGAGGCGCUCAACGUGGAGCCUGUCUAUGUGUCGCAGUGGUUCUUAUCAUUUUUCGCUGUCGCAUGCCCUCUUCCAAUGCUUCUUCGCAUUUACGAUGUGAUCUUUCUCGAGGGAGCUUGCGAGACCUUGAUGCGUGUGGCUCUGUCACUCAUGACGCGGAACGAAAAGAAGAUAAUGGCUUGCGCCGAGUUUGAGGACGUCAUGCAGCUUCUGUUGUCUAGAAGUCUCUGGGAUACUUACGCUUGCCAUGCAGAUGAAUUCGUUAACGACUUCGUCUCACUCACGUCGCUCGUUACGAAAGAAAGUCUCCAAGCCUUAGAAGCCAGCUACAAUCAAUCACAGGGUGUGCCGACCGGUAUCUCUUUUCCCCAGAUGCAAGCAACGGCCUCACGGUUCCUGGGGCGGCUCUGGGCGGGCUCUUCCCACAACUCCACCAAGUCGGUUAAUCUCAACCCUAACGCCGCUAGCGCGGCUAUCCGGCGAUCGGCGUCUAAACAAAGCAUGACAUCCACACUUAACUCGGUCGAAUCGACAUCCGAUGCCAGCACAGCACCGACAGAGCUAUCGACGGACGCACCGAAGCCGCGCGCAAAAUCUGCAAUGUCGCAACACAAAGAUCGUGAUCUCCAUACACAGAUCGAGGAUCUCUUGAUGGCUCUGAGCGAUCUCCAGCGCCAACAUGCGGAUCUCACACGUGAGCUGCAGCAAGAGCGAGAGGAACGCGAGGAAGACCAAGCGCUGGCCAAGUCAAUGCUGCAGUACAUCAAACAAACCAGCGAUGAGCCUCCAAUGGACCUGGUCCAUAAGGCAGACGCACGCUUCGCCACGGUAGAAUCUGCCAAGCAUGUUCCGAUGGAUCAGACCAAGCAACAACUUCGUGAUGACCUCAAGCGAUGGAAGGAGAUGCAUGCUACGGAGGCCAGUCGGUGCUCAGGCCUGACCCGGCGUAUUGACGAGAUUGACAAAGACAAUUCGUCAUUGCGGGAGCAGCUCCGCGAAGCCCGUGGCCGCAUCCAAGAUAGCUAUCGGGAGCGACAGCGUCUGGAACGCAUGGUGCGCGAGCUGCGGACUGUCAAGACCCGCAAUUCGGAUACUCCGCCGGAAUCAUAUGGAUCUCCCACGAGCGACACAAGCGAAGGAUAUACGAGUACGGGUCUGCGAGAACUCAAACUGGUACGCACGAAUUCGCAGAAGAGCCACAAGAGCACAACAUUCAACAAGCGGUCGAGCAGCUUGGGGCUGCAAUCAGUCCUGGCGAUGGAAAACAACAAGCCGGCCGCGGAAGAAGCAUUGCUUUUGGAACUGGUGAAUGCAAAGACGGCCGAGGCAGUGGCACGCCAGGAACUCGAAGAGGUCAAGGGAGCGCUCGACGCACUGCGCAAGGUGGUUUUGCGAAAUGGUCAAAACACAGAAGCUCGACUCUCAUUCCUGGGCCGGUCAUCAUCUAGUCUGGGUAUACCUUUAUCCAAAGCACCCGCAGAGCCUGCCAAUGGGGGCGGGCUCUUCAGUGGCUGGGGACGACGAGCGGUGUCAACAAGCAAUGAGACUUUUGAUGGUCGGUAG